UAUAAAUCACCUUUGCCUUCAUUUCAUCACACAUAACAUAAACUUUUGUUUUUGUCAUCUAAACUUAGUUAGAGUAAGCGCACAUUGAUCAGCAACAAUGGCAACCUACUCGAGCCAUGCUUUGAAAACCAUCCCUUCUUCCUUCGUGAAACCAGUUACUGUUAGUGCCAAAACAACAUCAUUAUACCUCACACCCUCAAAUACCAAACCUUUCUUACCCUUCACCUCAUCAAACCACUCUCUCACCGAAAACCUUAAGCUGAACUCCACUUUGCCACACUUUUGCUUGUCUUCAGUCCCCAAGAAAUCUUUCACUUGUAGAAGCCAGGCUGAGCCUGUUGACUCUGAAAAAGUCCAAGAAUUGACUGUGUAUGAGAUCAACGAGCGUGACCGUGGAAGCCCUGUUUAUCUUCGAUUGAGCUAUAAAAGUGUCAAUUCCCUAGGUGAUUUAGUCCCCUUUAGCAACAAGUUGUACACUGGGGAUUUGCAAAAGCGCAUUGGGAUAACAUCUGGUAUCUGUAUUUUGAUCCAAAACAAAGCUGAGAAGAAAGGGGAUAGGUAUGAAGCAAUCUUCAGCUUCUACUUUGGAGACUAUGGUCACAUAGCAGUGCAGGGACCUUACCUGACCUAUGAGGACUCAUAUUUGGCUGUGACUGGUGGGUCUGGCAUAUUUGAGGGUGUUAAAGGUCAAGUGAAGCUGCAUCAGAUUGUGUAUCCUUUUAAGAUUUUGUACACAUUUUAUCUAAAGGGCAUCAAGGAUUUGCCUCAGGAGCUUCUUGUCAAGACUGUUGAGCCAAUUCCAUCUGUUGAACCUUCCCCUGCUGCUAAGGCCCUUGAGCCAAAUGCUACCAUUGCUGGCUUCACCGACUAAUUCAUCAACUUUUUUUUGUAUUUUCUUUGGCCUUUGUAGUCUGAUUUAAGUUACUGAGUAAUAAUAUGUGGGGAGUAUGAUGAAAAGCUUGACAUUAUUCAGUUAGUGGUGUUUUAAUAAAUAUAAUGAAUAACGAAAGGAAAAGUGUGUUUGCCACCAUUUCAUUA